AAAAACAAACACACACAGUUUCGGUGGCACAACUGUAGAAGCAUGUACGAUGUAUGGUAAAGAAGGCAAGCACGAUCGUUUUCUCUCUUCCACGGAAAAAUCGAGAUUCAUGUGUAUAGUUCAAAGGAUCGAACAUUUCAGCGGAGCCCAUGUCAAUUCCCACGUAAUAUUUGGUCAUUAUUUAUAUUGAAUUUCUCAAUUUCUCAAUUCCUCUGAAAAUCUCUGUUAACCCCCAAAUGGCUACUCUUAACAUAAUCGCAGCUCAUAAGCUCCCUUCACCCGCAAGCUCCUCUUUCGCUGCUCAAUCUCAGAAACCCAACUUUCUUUCACUCUUCUGUACGCAAACCUUCAGCAAGCCCGACCCAUCAUGGCUAUUGGGCUUCUCGACCCGGAAAAAACGAAACUCGACUGUUGGGUCGGUCACAGAGGACAGAGAGGUGGUUCCAUUGAAGGAAAAACAUGCAGAGGACCAAGAUAGCAGCUUAUUGGUUAAUGGGUCUGAAGAAUUUGAGGCUGUUUCAUCAUCAUCAGCUUAUUCUGAAGGCAGAGGAGAGGGGGAUGAUUUGGAAAAGCUGACCAGUAGAGCUAUUAAUGCCUUAAUUGUUCUGGGAUUUGGGACCUUUGCGGUCUCUAAGUUGCUCACGAUUGACCAUGAUUAUUGGCAUGGGUGGACCCUUUAUGAGAUACUAAGAUAUGUACCUGAACAUAAUUGGAUUGCAUAUGAACAAGCUCUCAAAGCAAAUCCUGUUUUAGCCAAAAUGAUGAUAAGUGGAGUUGUCUAUACUCUAGGAGAUUGGAUUGCCCAGUGUUAUGAAGGGAAGCCUCUUCUCGAAUUUGACCGGAAACGCAUGUUCAGAUCAGGCCUUGUUGGGUUUACUUUCCACGGAUCCCUUUCUCAUUAUUACUACCAAUUUUGUGAGGCUCUUUUUCCUUUGGAGGAUUGGUGGGUGGUCCCUGCUAAAAUAGCCUUUGACCAAACAGUGUGGGCGGCAAUUUGGAACAGCAUCUAUUUUGUGGUUUUGGGGUUCUUGCGUUUAGAGUCCCCAAUCAAGAUUUUUGAUGAACUGAAGGCUACAUUUUGGCCUAUGCUGACAGCAGGAUGGAAACUCUGGCCAUUUGCUCAUCUGGUUACCUAUGGGCUGAUCCCUGUUGAACAAAGGCUUCUUUGGGUGGACUGCGUGGAGCUUAUUUGGGUUACUAUUCUCUCAACUUAUUCAAAUGAGAAGUCAGAGUCCAGUAUAUCUGAGGCAUCAUCUGGAGCAGAUUCUGCAUCUUCGUCAAGCAAUUCUCCUAAGCAGGACUAAAUUAUUUGGAGAACAUGGUACUGAGAGGCAGUUUUCUACCGUCAACACUGUAACCACCAUUUCUGCUCUAUAAGUUUUUUGAAGCCAAACACUCAAUACAUUCGUGUCGAAAGGGGAGAUAAUCAGUCAUUGGCUGUGCAGACCACCAUCUAAUAGGAAGCAGAAUGAGUUAAGUAAGCUUCUAAUGGAAGGCGGGAAUUUCUUGGGUGCCCUGACCAAACGUAUACGUUACAAAGAAUUCUAGCACCAUGUGUGUUCUAUAUUUAUUCUCAAAUUGAAUACCAUCUUCA